UACAGAUAACUCUCUAUGUCUCUCUGCAAUUCUUCUUCUUCUUCUUCCCCUUCUGUCGCCAGAGAACUUCGACACGAAGGAGGAGACGAAGAAGAUCUCUCCGCAGCAGCAACCAAUUCGUCGAUCAUGGCUCGUUCUCUCCAAAGCGUUAAGCUGAUCUCUUCCCUCGUACUCAAGGGAGCCGCCACGGCUAUCAUCAGGCGGGGAUUUGCGGUGGCGGCAGCUGAGGGAGGUGCAGCUGCUUCUAGCAGUGUGAGGACUGGCGGAGCAAGGAGUGGCGCUGCCUUGAAGAGAGCAGGCGAGGAGAAAGGUGAAGUCCGUAGAGAAGGUGUCGUGGGGGCCGGAUCCGAAGACUGGAUACUACAGGCCCGAGAGCGCUGCAGCGGAGAUCGACGUGGCUGAGCUGCGGGCGGCAGUGCUUAAGCACAGCAACUGAUCGAGAGCUGACA